AUGGCAUCCCAAGCAAGCACGUCUCUGCGCACACAGUCCCUCAACCCGCCCCUUCUGGUGCUUCCCGAAAGCGCCUUCGACAGGCCGCUGCCUGCGAGCUCGACAUUCCAUAGUCUGCUGCUGAAUGACCGACCUCUAUUCAGUAGCCAUACCUGGACCUCCACCAGCGGCGAUCUUGGUCUCCUCAGAGACGCAGACGAGGUUGAGAAUCGGGCCAUCUUUGUGCAGGAAUACAAUCGCUUGGCCAAAAAGCAUGGAAUCAGGCCACUAAUAUUGGAUGAUUUUGACCCAAACAAACCAGUUGACAACGAAAAGUCCAAGCGCGGAUGGUUUCGUCGCAUGUUCUUGUCUAGCUCAAGGCCGCCUUCAGAUUCCAAAGACCGAGACUCUCCAAAAUAUCGACACCGACGAAGUGCAUCGGACUUGGCCUAUCUAAUUCACAGCAGAAGGGAAGCUCCAAGUGUCUUAGACCUUCAAUCCAUGGUGCGCCUCAGCGGCAAAAGCUCCCUCUACCUGCCUACAGAGUACGCGCCGUGUGCUUUGAUUUUACCGACAUGCAUAAGGGCAACUGCCCAGUAUGUGUCACAGUAUGCUAACACACGCGGCAUUUUCCGGAUUCCUGGCUCUAUGAAGGUUGUUGGUGCCCUGUUCGACUAUUACUGCCACAUGGACAAAGGCGGCGCCGACAUAUCCGGGACUGUACGAUCAGCAACGUUACCACUACAUAUACAAUACUCUGUUCAUGAUAUUGCGUCUACAUUGAAACGAUUCUUGUCAACACUACCCGGUGGUAUACUAGGUUCCCUCCUCCUAUUUGAUUCAUUCAUAGCUGUUCAAUCGCAGCUCAACGCAGAGCCCGAAUUUCCACGAACGAACCAAACCAAAGUCAGAGCGAGAUUGAUCGCGCUAGCCAUUGGGACAAUCGAGUCACAAUACCGAAGAGAGCUAAUCUGCGCAAUAUUCGGGCUGCUUAGCAUGAUUGGCCGCAUUGCUGAGCUGGCCCCAAGAGAAGAUGACGCUGGCUUGCCAUUGCCAACAACAGACCUCAUGGGCUAUGCCGCGCUCAGCAUUUGCUUCGGACCGCUGCUUGUCGGUGAUUUGCUUUCGUCUUAUACAAUGAAAAUUGCCGCUCCAGGUUCUGGCCUCGUUGUGCUGCCACCAGCUACACAGCAAGUCCGCAAGGACACGCGAAAGAACAGGCCUGGAAGUAGCACCAAGAAUGUUCAGCCGGCCGUUGACAAGAUACUCAUUGCCAAUAGAGUAACGGAAAUGCUGAUUUCCAACUGGAGAGAUAUUGUUCGACAGAUGAAGUCGCUGGGCACGCACAGACGUAGACAUACGUCUGGUGGCAGCUUCAGCAGGCCAUCGCUUCGGCCGUCAGCCUCGGAAACAUUCUUGACAAAAGUUCCAAAAGACUUUUCGAAGAUACGGCCAAGCUCGGCGAUUGUUACCAGAAACACGACUGAAGAUGCCGAAAAUGAAGUUGCCGCUUUCCCAAGAUCUACAAACGCACCCAAGCGUGCUUCGGGCUUUCUGAGACAAAAGGCCAGCGUUAAUACACUGAGCCCUACCAUGGAAGAAAGCCCUAGACAGCCACACCUCGGUGAUAACGCUGUGAUAGAGGAAGAAUCAAAGCUAAAGAGUGUCUUUCCGACAAUGGACACAGACAGCCGAGCCCAAGCAAGCUGUACGACCAUGACGGAGGAAACUGAAACGAAAACAGACUCCCCAGUGAAGAGAAAGAGGCUCACGGUACCGCCUAGACAAUCAUCCAUUGAAUCUCAAUCUCAAAUUCAACCGGACCCGGCUGAAAAAUGUCCCAGUCAUCUAAGUAGCAAAGAAAAUGCGACAGUGGUGGACGAAAACCAAGAAUGCCUGGUACAAGCGCCAAAGAUACGCGCCAAUUCAGGGCAAGGCACUCCGCCUCAGUUUUAUUCACCCGUUGAGCCUCGAGCAAUUUCAUCACCAGACGGAUUACCUCGUGAAGCUCCUAAUGGCCAGACAGACAAGAUCUACGGCACAUUGCCUAAUAGCGUACUGGGCGCCGAGGUCAAACCAGGGAGAACUGGGGCACAAUCUCCCGCAACAGAUUCGAAAUAUCAACUGAAGCGAUAUAAAAGAAGACUGCAGGAGCCUCUGACUGGUAGCCCAACAAGAGCUAGUGAUUUGCGCAGCACCGGAAAGAUUGGCACCCACACAUCUGGUCUAGCCAGUACCCCAAGCGAUAUUGGAACUGCAAGUGGUCUGCCCAAGUCUUCGAAAGGAAGCCAUCCGGGCAGCCCAGUCAAAGCUAAUCCGAAAAAGCUCAAACGAGCUAGAAGCGGUCCACUGACGGAUUUGACUGCACAAAACGAUGAUGAUGUGUUUAAGCCGAGUCAGCGCGCCCUGGUGGGAGUUUGGAGAAACGGGGUACCACAGAAGAGCCCUACGGCCAAGGUGCUGCGAUCGUCAGUCAGCGACGGAGUCUCAUUGAGAGCUUCUGCGAUACGAAGCUUGAUCAAUGCGGGCAAAAGCCGAAUAAAAAACUCUCACAUCAGUAAUGAAAAGAAAAGGCGUCCGUACAAUGAUGAGGAGGAACCCGAUUCAUGGGCCAAAUGCUCCCAGGAUGGUCUGCCCGCAUAUGAGGAUACACAGUCCAUCAUUCGUCAUUUGAACAUGUAUCACGGAUGCGAAAUAUCACCCGAGUCAAGCCAAGACUCCGAGGCAGUUGCGGCUCUAUACCAUGUCAUCAUCUCUCUACAUGAUAGGCUGAUCAAGCAAGAGAUGGAGGUCACCCUGCUGCAAAGGGGGGCAGACGAUAAGCGACGAGAAGAAGCUAGCAAAUUGAGACAGGAUGUCGGCAUAUGGCGGCGUAGGGCUGAAUCUGCUGAGAAAAGAAUUCUAGUAUUCGAAAGAUUCACUGAGCGGCUAAAGGGCAUUCGCGAUGCGGCGAUUGCAUCAGAGCAAGCUGGGUCGCAAGGUGGCGAACAGCAAGGCGAUGUUUCAGCAGGCAGCCUUAAAUUGGAUAAUGAUUAUGUGGCUGCAGCGGCUCGAGUCAGGUUUGCAGAGGUCGAUGGCAAUGGAGAACAGGCUACUCUUUGGGGUGAGAGGAGUUCUGGGCAUCGCACGAGCGCGGAGAGUAGACGAAGCAAGCCUUGCAUGGAAUGCGGCGAAGAGCAAAACUUGGAUAGAGGAGCAAUUGGAAACCGAGAAGGCGAGCUGCGUCCGAGGCCGGCCAGCAUUGACGAGGUAGCAGAGCUGUGGAUGGCAGCCAAGGAACUACUUGACUCGAACAAAAGUGAGAACGAAUGA